AUGGCUCCUAACUUCUUCUGGUUGCGGGGCCCAGUUGUUAUUUUGUCUCUGAAGCACGUGACUGCCAGCGCAAGAGUAGCUCUUGUUGGUUUGAGUGGUGUUUACGCUUCCCUCUCGAAACCUUCUAUUCUCUUCGUUUCGAUCACGUUCGGAGUUAGGAAAGUUACCCUGUUGUUGGGAUUUGGCUGGCAGGAGUCAGAAUAUAUCGAACCAAUUGUUGAGAAGAUAUUCAAAACACUGAGUUCCAUAAAACUAAACGAGGGCUUGGUCGGAAUAGAAUCUCGUGUAUGGGAAGUAUAUUCAGAAUUAAAAAUAGGUUUGACUGAUGUUCGCAUGAUUGGGAUAUAUGGGACAGGUGGUAUCGGUAAGACAACCAUUGCACGAGUGGUUUAUGAUAGCUUCUCUAAUCAAUUUGAAGCUAGUAGCUUUCUCCAUGAUGUUAGAGAAACAUAUGAAAGACACGGUUUAGUUUAUUUGCAGAAAAAGCUUCUUUCUGACAUCUUGAUGGAAAGAAAUAUAAGAUUUGAAAGUGAGGACGCAGGAGUCCGAUUGAUCAAGCGCAGGCUAUGUAAUAAAAAGGUACUUCUCGUUUUUGAUGACGUUAAUGAUAGGGUUCAAUUAUACUCUUUGGUUGGAGAGCGUAGGUGGUAUGGUCCAGGCAGUAGAAUUAUCAUUACAACGAGAAAUCAAGGUUUGCUAAUGACACUAGGAGUUAAUGAAAUAUAUAGCCCUGCGGAAAUGAGUAAUGAUGAGGCUCUUCGUCUUUUCAGCUUGACAUGUUUCGGCAGUGAACACACUCCUGAAGGUUAUAAGGAGAUGUCCAAACAUGUUGUCAGUUAUGCUCGCGGCCAUCCUUUAGCAAUUAAGGUUUUGGGUUCUCAUCUAGUCGGCGGAAGCAUCCCUGCAUGGAAAAGCUGUUUAGAUGGGCUUGAAAAUAAUAUUCCAACAGAACUUUUUCAAGUAUUUCAAAUAAGUUAUGAUGGUCUAGGAGAAACAGAGAAAGAAAUAUUUCUACAUAUGGCAUGUUUCUUCAAUGGUGAGGACCGAAAUCGCACAGUAGAUAUACUAGACACUCUUGAACUUUGCCCGGAAAUUGGAUUAAGGAUUCUUGUGGAUAAAUCUCUCUUAAAUUUAUCUUUAGACAAGAACGGCUUAUGGAUGCAUCCUCUAGUUCAACAAAUGGGCCGGGAAAUAGUUUGUAGAGAAUCUCCUAAAUGGCCCCCCAGACGAAGUAGAUUAUGGUUGCCAGAGGACAUUGACGCUGUGCUUAAUAUAGGAACAAAAACUACUUUUAAAACUACUAGUAUAGUCCUCAACUUGCCUGUACAAAAAAAGAUGAAAACUGAACCCAAAAUAUUGAACUACUUUGGACUACUAGAUGAGAACCCUAUCAUUACUGAAACUGAAACUAUAGAUGAGAACUACUUUGGACUACUAGAUGAGAACCCUACUUUGAACUACAAUGUGUCAUAG